ACCACUCGUUUAGGAGUGGAAACGGUAGCUCCCGUUGUGUGAGAGACGCAAUCACAACUCACGUCGCCAACUGAUUUCCUGGGAUUUAAUUUUGUACUUUUGAAGAAGUUUACAGGCAGCGCGCGCAGUUUGGAGUCUGCAACAGUUCUCGGGGUAUGAAAGUGCAGCGGGACGGCUGAAACAAAGUAAAAGAGGAGGUAGACCUGUCCGUUUGAUGGCUGCUGGGGAUGGAGCCCAGCUGCCUGCCACUGUAGCGGCCAGCAGAAGCGUGGAGAAGGCGCUCGAGGACGCUGCCGCGAGCGGGGCUCUCAACUUGUCCAACCGAAAACUGAAGGAGUUUCCCCGCAGCGCCAGGAACUACGACCUGUCCGACAUUACACAUGCAGAUCUGUCUAAGAACCGCCUGUGUGAGCUGCCAGAGGAGCUAUGUCAGUUCAUCUCUCUGGAGACGCUGAGCCUUUACCACAAUGGGAUGCGUUUACUGUCCUCCAGCCUGGGCAACCUGCAGGCUCUCACCUACCUCAACCUCAGUCGUAAUCUCCUGUCCAGUUUACCCCCAUCGGUGUUUCAACUUCCUCUCCUGCGAGUGCUCAUCGUCAGCAACAACAAGCUCUGCUUGCUGCCUGCCUCCAUAUACUCCCUCACACAUCUCCGACAGCUGGAUGUGAGCUGUAACGAGCUGCAGUGUUUGCCGGCAGAGCUCGGACAGCUCGAGUGUCUGCGGGACCUGAACCUGAGGAGGAACCAGCUCACCACUUUGCCUGAAGAAAUAUCUGAGCUCCCGCUGGUCCGACUCGAUGUAUCCUGCAACCGCAUUUCCCAUGUGCCCUUGUGCUACCGCCACCUCCGGCAUCUCCAGAGCAUCAUGCUGGACAACAACCCGCUGCAAAUGCCGCCUGCGCAGAUCUGCUCCAAAGGCAAAUACCACAUCUUCAAGUACCUCAACAUGGAGGCCUGCAAGAGGAGCCAGGAGGAGCUGGAGAGACAUCUGAGGCCCACCGGCUUCAACAGCUGUCUGUCAGACCAGGAGCUGUUCACAGGUCAGUUUGGAGGGCUGGAUUCUGGAUUCAACAGUGUGGACAGCGGCAGCAAACGGUGGUCUGGGAAUGAGUCAGCAGAUGACUUUUCUGAGCGUUCCCUCCGCAUGGCUGAGGUCAGCAGAGACCAGAGGAACCUGGAGGAGGAGGAGGAGGAAGAAGAGGACAGAGCUCUGGUAGCUAACAAAGUUAAUGGAGAGGCUGAGCAUGUGGACUUCAUUGACAACAUUGUAACAGAGGAAGAGGAAGAGAAGAUGAAGACGGAUCCACCCACACAUCCUCUCACAGAACCUCCUCUGGAGCAGAAGGAGAGCUCUGCUCCGUCCCAAAGCCAGGACUCAGCAGUGUGCAGGUCCAGCCUUCAUGUGGAGGUGGUCUCCCCAUCAUCGUCCUCCUCCUCCUCUCCUCUGUCUCCCUCCAGCCCCAGCCUGGAGGAGCGCAGGAGGCCGGGCACCCUGUUCAUCUGGCAGGAGAGAGAGCGUCUGCAGCAGCAGCAGAAAGAGAAGGCCAGUUUGCUGAAGUCAUCCACUAAAACAGGAAGUAAUGUGGCCGCAGCAGCACAGACAGGAAGCAGCUCAGCUGGCGGCUCUCCAGAGAACAGCAACUCUGUGUCAGGCCUCCGGCAGCGAUGUGCAAGUGCUGAUCAGAUGAGCACAGUGUUCUCCUCAACUCUUCUACAACGCUCUAGCAGCAGAACAGAUGUCCCGUCCUCCCCGAAGACGUCCCCGCCACCUGGUCAGGCCCAGAGACCCAACAGUUUCCUGUUCCGUGCAUCGUCCCGCAGCAACAUCAAACCCGCAGCAUCGGCCUUUACACUGGGGGACUCUGGCAGAAGUGAGUCUCGCACAAUGCUGCGUUCUCCUAAAGAAGAGAGACCAGACAUCAUCCAACUACGCAAGACUCUGGAGUCUCGGCUGAAGAUCACUCUACCAGAGGACCUGGGUGAGGCCUUAUCCAACGGCACAGUCCUCUGCCAGCUGGUCAAUCACAUCAGACAACGCUCCGUGUCAAUCAUCCACAUUCCCUCCCCAGCAGUGCCAAAACUGAGCUCAGCAAAGUGUCGACUCAAUGUGGAAAACUUCAUUGCUGCUUGUCGCAAACUGGGAGUCCCUGAGACGGACAUGUGUGUGAGUUCUGAUGUGCUUCUGUGUAAGCUGCCCGCUGUGCUACGCUGUGUGACGGCCCUGCUGGCCACUGAGGGCGGGGAGACGGCGAAGGACCUGUCCCCCCGCCACUCCUCACCUUCGUCAUCGUCCUCCUCGUCCUCACUGCUGUCCACAGACUUCCUGCUCUUCUACUGUGUGGCCAUGGCGCUGCUCUACGUCCUCUACUGCUACCUGCUCACCUAGAGGAGCAGCACACAGUACAUUCACAUAACUGUUGCUCUAAACACUUACUGCACACACACAUACACACACACACACACUCUGCAGUAUGUGUGUGUGUGUGCUUUCAGUGUUCUUCCCUUCCAUGGCUGUAGAGCAGAUGUCAGUGUGUGUGACACUGCCAGCUGCCCUGGUUGGAUGUUGCAGCGCAUACAGCCGAGCACCUUUAAACAAACACACAGAGAACACUACAGCACACUAAAGCUCUCCAUGUAGACAUGCAGAGGAACAGGAAGCACUACAGUGACAGAGACAAACACUACAUGAGAGCAGGUGAGCAGUGGCAUGUUUUAGCCUAGUUUAGCCUUCACCCUGUAACACACAGCAUGGGUCAGAGCUGCUUUGCAGCCAUCUCAUUGGUUGAGACACAAAUGGGAGGAGCAAAGGAACCACACCCUCAACUAAAUCCUAAUUGCAUAGUGUACCAUGAGUUUAUAGCUUUAUUACAAUAAGAAGUAAUGAUACUCAUAUACGCUAAUGAAUCUCACGAACACGAACAACUUCAGAAGGACUUAGUGCCACUGUUUUUGUGUGUGUGCGCGCACUUGUGUGUUUGUCUUUAGUCGCUUUCAUACAGACAUGGUGCUAAAGGGCUGCAACGAAAUCCCUCCUUUAAAUGGCGGCAUCAUGCGGCUCCCAUGUGUGAUUACACACUGCAUCGCUGAUCAGAGGAGUUGUGAGAGGCGUGACGUGUAACACACGAGGAUCCGUCUCUAGCGCGUCAUAUUAUACAUGUCUGGGCAGGGCUUUCUAAGCAAUAACAAAGGCAUAAUGGUCAAACAUAAUCAUUUAACGCCUGUUAUGUUAGCCGCUGCGCUAACAGACAAACACUAUCUAAAAUACCAACAUGGUGAUCCUUUACACUGUACUCACCAAGAAAGUAGUUAAGAUGGGGGAACAUGGCAACAUCAUGCAAAAGAAGUGUCUAUAAAAAAAAACAACAAACAGGUAAGUCAAACAUACUUGGAAGAAAAAGGCAGGAAACAGUGAAAUGGUUUCCCAGUCUGCCUGUAAACAUCUUUUACAGUUUACACACCAACUUCUCAAACAUUAGUUCAUAGUGCAUGCUUUUUAGUGGAUGGUAUGGAAAUGGGAAACAGUGGUAAAUCUGGUUUAGGAAUGCUGAGGUUGCUAGUAGCAGCGAGACCUUCCAGGAGACUUUAGGCUCGUUUGAUUGAUUUUUUUUUUAAAUACCACUCAGCCAGAGAGGAUGUGGUCCUUUAGCUCUGCUCACCAACUUUUCACCUGAGAUGAUGUGUGAGCUGAGAGCAGCUCUGCCUCUGACAGCUGUGUGGUCCUGAGAGGAGCAGGUGAAUUACCCAGAGACUGAACUGUGAAUGUGAUUGUUAGCCUCGAGACAGAUGCAAGUUAGUAAAAUGUGGUUCAAAGUGGAACGUGGAUGUUGGAGAACACAAUGUGACAGUGAGAUGAAUGAUACUUGGUGCCUCUUACUGAACACAACCCUUUCAGCGCCGGCUCUGAUUUAGCUGUGUGCUGUGCUAACUGUGAGCAGCAGGGGGCGAUGUCGCUGCGUCAGUCCCCCUCCAGAUGGUACAAGCCCUGCAAGAGGGUGUUUGUGUGUGUGUCUGUGUGUGUGUCUGUGUGUGUGUCUGUGUGUGUGUGUGUUUGCGUGUGUGCGUGCAUGCAUGCUGUCCGUGUGUGUUUGUGUGAAAAGUCUUUUUUGUCGUCAUCACUGGUCUGUUUGACCAGGAGACUUCAUGUUUGUAUAAAUGUAAACAGGCUAUUAAAUUAUUGCUUUUUUAUUUA